GCCAAAAGACUGGAAUUAGAAAGAAAACUGAUGGAGUACAGAAAGUCUGAUGCAUACGUAGUGAAACUGAAAUACAUGAAGCUGAAAAAAUACUUGAAAGAAAUAGAUGAACGACAAAAAGGAGCCCUUCUGCGAAACCAGACCUUUUUAAAGGAAUUGGACCAAUUUGAAGCUCAGAUGAAAACUUCAAGUUUAGCGAUGAUUCAGAAGAUGGAAGCGUGGUAUGGAAGAGAAAUUAAAAGCGUCUUACCACUUCAAGAGGGUAACCUGUCGGCAGAAGGUGACAAGGAAGAAGAGUACAGCGAGCAGAUACCGCAGGUUGGAAGACAAGCAGGAAUUGGCACCAAGACAGCCAUGCCAAGAGGACUGUAUCAUCCAGCAAUAGUCUUUAUGGGCCACUGCACAUCAGCCACCUCUGCUGCCGGAGGUUCAGGCGUGGAGCAGAAGCCCCCCCAGCCCACAGAGUCACCGGACCCACCUUCAUGCUCCCUGUCACUGGAAGGACUUGGUCCAGAGAGCAGAAGCACUGAUUUAGAGAGUGAUGCAUCAGUGGAGGAAGCAGCAAGACGUGGGGACCUGGCUGCCAGUGAGGAAGAAUCUGAGCAGCUCAACUCUUCAGCAUCUGAGCCCAAACCAGCCACCCCUGAGGAGGAAAAGCUGCAAGGAAGUGUCCCAGGACCAAAGCCUCACCUGAAUAAGGGGUGGACUUGUAAGGAGGCAAGCUGGGAGAGCAGCGAUGAGCUCCCAGUCCCCGCAAGUGCCGAGGAGGUGAUGCUGAGCACUCCUGGCAUAGUGCAAGGAGCAGCCUCGCCAGCGGCUGGCGGGGAGCAGCACAGGGAUGCCUGCCCUGCGGAGGGCUUCCCGCUGCAACCACCAAACCUCCCAGUGGUGCAGGAGGAGCCCUCAGUCAGCACCGCACCAGACGGGCACUGUGAGAUGCUGGUGGGACUUUCCCCUGCACUGCACUUGAUAGAAGACGUGGUGGUGAGGAUGAGCCCCCGGCACCGGGCGCUGUACCAGGGCGAGCAUGUGGGGAUGAUGGGAACGGCGGAGCUGCUCAGCUUUUGUAAGCGGGCCGACAGUCUGAAAGAUGAUGACGACCUUGAAGCAUGUGAAGCCCUCGUCCUUCAUCAGCUUCGGGCUUUAUUACAGAGCACUCUGAAUGGAUGCCUUCCACCUGAGAAAACACUCCAUGCUAAAGGUAGAGCAGUGGAUGAAAACCAAACCAGGCCAGACCAGCCGCAGGACGUGGACAUGCUGUGGACUUACUUGAGCAACCAUGCCUUGUUCUUGAAAAAGCACCAGGUUCAGCUCACGGAAGAAGUGGCGAGGAUGUUUGAAAGCCUGCUGGUUUCCAGCAAGAAGGCGCUGGACGGCCAGGCUCUACCGGUGUUGAGAGAGGUCCUUCCAGAAGAGUGUGGGGGUAGGUCAUCUAUUCAGAGUAAUGAAUCGUCUUGCAGCUUGCCAGCGAUCCCAAACGACGGCGGGGAAAUAAAGCAGGCGAAACACGCUCCCUGGCUCACCGGCACGGGAGAACAAGAAGUCACAAGCUGGUGUGAAGAUGAGAGCAAGGAGGAAAGCACAGUCGAAAAGAUUCCUAUUACAGGCUGGGACAAUGGCGAGAAUAGUUCCAAAGCAAAAGCAAACCAAGAAACGCAAUCAGAAACUAGUUCUUCAUCGAAUGAGAGAAGUCUUCCCUUGUCGAGGACUGAAACCGGGAAGGGAAUGGUAACUGUGAUAAAAUCCAAAGCUUUCUGGGGCGAAUCUGACGACAGCAGCUCCGAGAUUGAGGCUGCUUUGCGCCCACAAAUUUGCAGCCCAGAAGCAGACGAGUUUGAUGACUUCUAUGAUUAA